AUAACUUUCUAUAACUUAAAAAAAAUAAUUUAAAAAAAAUUAUCAAACACAUAUAUAUCUAAAAAUAUUAUGUGAUUAUACGAAAAAGCUUCCAACUACAAUUCUAAAUGCACCUGAAUCUUAUGAAACUCAUCAUCAAAGCUACGGAGUCUGGUGGGUGUUUCUCUCCCGACAUCCUCAAUUUUCUGGAGCCUUUUCUCCAAAGAUCAUUCCUUUCUAAUACAGCCAUCUUCAAUGGCAAAUAAAAAAACCCAAUUUUCAAUUGCAUCUUUGCUGUAACAACGUGAUAUCCUGAAAGGGGAUGGAUGGUCUGUGAUUUUAUCAUCCAAAGGCUUCAUACUUGAAGCAAUCACCUUUAACAUGACUGGAAUAAGCAGAUCUCAUUCAAAUUCGAGAAAUUCUCACUUUCCGCAGAUGGGUUUUCGUUUUUGAGUGUUCUAUCUCAUUCUCUUGUUGGGUUUUGCAGGUUAGAUUUAUUUUCAUCCCUGAUUUGAUUGUUUUUAUUGAGUCAUUUAAAAAGUUAUUCUUUUGAUUGCGUUUCCAAUGGUUCUUACCUGUUUCUAUAUUGAUGAUAGUUUUUUCUUCUUUGCACCUUGAUGCUUCGAAGACUUUUUGUUCUUUUUAUUUUUUUAAUAGAUAAUCUUCAUUGCUUAAUUAGAGAUUCUGGGUGUUCUUGGGGUUCUUCGAUUAUGGAUUUGAUGCUCUUUAAGUGUUCAUUUACUUGUUUAAAAAUUUAUUCCUUUGAUUGUGUCUGCAAUUGUUCUUGCCUGGUUUUGUUUCAUGAUAGUUGUUUGUAUCUUGAAGCUUAAGAGCUGUUUUUGGUAUUUUCAUGGUUGAUCCCUGAUUUUGGGACUUUAGACUAUGGUUUUGAAGCUUUUAAGUGCUGUUCAUCAUUAUUUGUUCUAGCUUCCUAAGAGAAUCAGAUUCUGUGUACAUGUGAUGAUUUUUGAUGGUUUGAUUCAAUUAUGAAAUCUACCAAGAAACUCAAGGUUGAUCAUGUAGAUUUUCAAGGAUGAGAUAUUGAUUUCAAGGCUUCAUGCUGGUUGUUGCAGAUUUGAAUUCCAGUUCUUUGUUGCUUCCUCUUUUUAAUCUGAUAGUUGCUGCAGCUAGUUCAGUGGUGAAUCCUCAAGUCAAGUUUAAUUCAUGGGAUUGCUAUUACAUGAAACUGAAGUGAAAUAGGGUGAUGGUGGAAUCAGUUA